GCGUUUAUUGAGGCAAGCUUAUGACAAUUUUAUCAAACUGUCUGUUAACAUAUUUGUGCAUUUCCAGGAGAAGAAAUAGGAAAUGUGAUAAAGUUAUCAUCGGUUUAGUGAUUACUAAUGACAUUGACAACCACAAGUACGACUAUUCUAGUAAUAAAUCGAAAACGAUUUUAGUUGGUGGACUGGUGUUUUUUAAUUCAGCAAAGAAAUGAAUAUUUGGCUAACUGUAAUAAUAAUAUUAUCAGCAACAUUUGAACAAGCUUAUCAGAGCUGUAUUUCCCUUAAUGUUUUACCACCGAUUUACUACUCCCGAUUUUCAAGAGUUUCGUUGAGAACAUCCACGGCAAAAAAGUAUAUAGAGUGCAAUAAUGAACUUAUAUCUUCUGACUUUUCUGAAAAGGUCUUACCACUCACAACAAAUUCACAGAUACAGUGGCUGCAAAUCAACAACACAAAUUCUCCUGAAAUUCCAGCUAAAGCUUUCGUCAUGCUAAAAAAUAUACCGGAUUUAAGGAUUAAUGGGGCAGGUGUUCAACUAAUACAACCAGGAGCUUUCGAUGGGUUAACAAGCUUGACACAACUCUCAUUAAAAGAUAACAAGAUUGUGGAAGUUAAUGAGCGCCAUUUUAUUGAAUUAAUUAAAUUAGUGGAAUUGGAUUUGAGUUAUAACAAUAUUGCAAGUAUUUCAGAAACAAGUUUUGUGGGUCUAAAGUACUUACAACGACUGAUAUUACAAAAUAAUUUUUUAACCACGUUAUCUUUAAACACAUUUAAGGAUUUAUCAGGAGUUGAAAUUUUGGACCUUUCUUUUAACAAACUAACGACAGUUGAACCUGGAUUGUUUAAAAAUUUAAAAAGUUUGCAAACCAUAUUUCUUAAUAAUAACAAUUUAAAUUGUUUUAAUGGAUCUACACUAUCAAACAAUUCACUUAUACAAAAUAUUUACAUAAAUAAUAAUUUCAUAAGAGCAAUAAAUAAUUUUUCAAUUUCAAAUCCACUAUUAGUGUUAAAUGUUAGUUAUAAUUUGAUUCAAUCGCUAAAUUUUUUAAAAUAUACAUUUGUUCAAAUCAUUGACUUACGAUCAAGCGGGAUGACCUCUGUUACAAAUUUUUCAUUAAAAAAUUUGUCGGUAAAAGAGUUAUAUUUAGACGAAAACCACAUAGGGUUGAAUUCAAUUGAUAAAGACUUUUUUAAUAAUCUUUCUUCACUGGAAGUUCUUUCUCUAGCAAACAAUCAAAUUAAACAAUUACAGUUUAAUUUAUUCUCAAAUAAUACGCGAGUUAGAAAACUCAAUCUUUCCAAAAAUUAUUUAAAUAAUAAAGACGUUUUAAACUUGCCAACUUCUUUACAAGAUUUAGAUUUGAGUUUCAACAAUGUGAAUUCGGGGCUAAAUAUAACCAACGCAUUUAAUUUAAAAUCAUUAAAUGUAAGUUUUAAUAACAUAACUGAAGUGACAUUUAAUAUGUUUAAAGCUUUAAAAUGGCUUUUUAUUUUAGAUUUAAGUAAUAAUAAAAUUUCUAGAAUUCAACUAGGAUGUUUUAGAGAUCUUAAAGUUUUAAGAGAGCUUAAUCUUUCAAAUAAUCGUAUUGCAGUAUUAAAAAUAGGAUUUGUUGUAGGAUUAGAAAACUUGUAUAGCCUUGAUUUAUCUCAUAAUAAUUUGUCAACUUUAAACGAGGGUGUUUUUCAUAAUUUAAGAUAUCUUCAGGUAUUAAAAUUUGGUUUUAACAAUUUCAGUUAUGUAAAUAUAGAAAAUGCCUUAUCCCAUUUACCUGUACUAAGACGAAUAGAUCUAUCUGGUAAUGGUUGGUCAUGUAUACUCUUAAUUAAUCUCUUAAAAGAAUACAGAAGUAUUAAAAUUAUAAGUGCUGGUGAAUAUGAUGUUACAAAUAUUGAUGGUGUAGCUUGUCAGGAUGAGGUAACAACUUCCCCCGAUUUAAUUAAUUUAGAGACAAAGUCUUUUGCUGAUAUUAACUCCAAAUUACUUACCAACAAUACAUUAUUAAUUUUGAUUUUGGUAGUGAUUGUCUGUAAAAUACUAUUGAAAUAUUGUCCACUAAAAGAUGGUCAUAGUCGGUUAAAAAGAAAACUUUGGAGAGAUAAAAGUGACCAAGAAUUACAGCUUGUUAAUGAUGAUUGUUGAUAGUAUUUUCUAAAUUUGUCCAUUAUUUUAAAUAAAAAGUUCUGAAACA